AUGUUCAGUCCCAAGCCAGAAGAUCCGAGCGACCUCUCCCCUCCUGAUGAGUUGGCCCAGGCGCUGUCUAUUUGGGCAAGGCAUUCGGCAGGAGCUGCAUCCAGGGGUGCCCAAGCAGCAGCCUAUGCACGCGCACAGGCAGCGGUUGCGCACAAUCUGGCCUACACAGCAGCAGUGAAGAUCCGCGAACUUGAUGACAAUGAAUGCGUUCGCAAGUACUCGGAAGAGUUUGAGGGUCCAAUGGAGCAGUCCUUUCCUUCACCUCUGAUGAGUGUGCACCUGACGCGCCUGGUCGCAAACGCCACAGAUGCUGCUCGAUCACAUCCAUGUCCAUGCGCUCCAAGAAGAUCGGAGAGACUGUUAGCCUUCUUGUGA